UGAGGAGCGGACAGAAGAGGAGCCAUGCGUCGCUACGGUUCAAGGCGAGCUGUUUCCACCACCACCACCGAGGACCCUGAAGACUCUGAGAGAAGGAUCAGACGUCUCAGGUUGACUUUUCCUGCAGGGAAUAAUGGCACCAAGGAGGCAGAAGCUGCAGACACGGCUGAAGCCGAGGAAGACGUCGGUGAAACCUGGAAGAAGAAGAAUGGUCUGAUCCGCAGAGAGCGGCCGGCUGGCCGGGAGUCGCCUCAGCAGCACCUCAGAGACCCGACCAAUGGGGUGCCAGAGACCUCGCUGCAGCAUCGUGGGCCCAAAGUGUACGGGGUUGUGCAGAGGACGGGCUCGGACAGGCAGCAGGAGCUGAUGGCGCGAGAGUGGACGGUCAGCCACCUUCAGGACGAGAUGAAGUACAUCAGGGAGGUGAGAGACUCGCUGGAAAAGGUGAGAGAACGGAUGUACGGGCAGUUUGGAGGAAUGCAGCAGUCGAUGGAGAAGCUGUCACGAGAAAUCCGGGAGGCCAACUCCCACAGGAUGAGUUUAGAGUCAGAGGUGAAGACCCGGACGGCAGCCAUGGAGACGUUUGACCAAAUGAACAGUUCUCUCAUAUCUGCAAACCUCAGCCUGCAGAAAUCCCUUUUGGAAAACUGCCAGGACCGAGUGGACACGAGAGGCGAGGUGAAGAGUUUGAGGAGCACCUUUGAGAAAACUCAGGAAAAGCUCCGAGACAAGGAGCGUGCGCUCGCUGCGGCGCAGGCUGAAAACCAAACGCUGAAGCUUCAGGUGGAGUCGACGCGGGAGGCCAACACUCGGGCCAUGAAAGAGCUCGCCGAGAAACUCCAGACGGAGCACGAGGAAGAGCUGCGAAAACAACAGCAGAAACACCGAGAAGAGAUCGAACGCCUUCAGGCUCAGCUCGACGACUACAUCCGGCGUCUGGAAGAGGCUGAGAGGACCAUCAGGACCGCAGAGGCCCAGAUUACAGAAAGAGACCAGCGGAUCGUGGAAGUGGAGCGUCUCCUGGACUGUAUGGGAACGGAGAAGCUUCAGCUCCAAAAGAAGCUGCAGGAAAGUGAACAGCAUCUUCGUUUAUUGAAGCUCACGGACACGACGGACGCAGCCGCAGCCAAAAGGUCUAAAGAGCUGCAGAAGGAGACCGAGGAACUCAAAGAGAGAAUCAGACACCUGAACGACAUGGUGUUCUGCCAGCAGAGGAAAGUCAAAGGAAUGAUUGAGGAGGUUGAGUCUCUGCGGUCUCAAGUCGCCCAAAAGGACAUGUUCAUCUCAGAGCUUUUAGACAGGAUUGCGAUCGUGGAGUGUGAGAAUAAUGAGUUAGAAGACAAAGUGAAGUAUUUUAUGUCCACACAGAACAGGCCGAGAGAGGUUUCGGAAACCAGGGACGUUGGCGUAGGCUGCGAUCUGCUCCCCAGCCGAGAAGAUCAAAGCCAUGAUGUAGUACCUGUUCACCUUCAUUCCAUACACCUUCCACCACCCUCUGACCCUCCUCUGUCACCACCUCAGCCUUCAUCACCCACCACCUCUUCCUCCCACACACAGUGGUCUUCAUCCAACACCACCUUUUCUCCUACAUCAUCUCCGCCCCCGUCAUUCCCAACCAAUCAUCCAUCGUUUAAACUAACAUUGCCCAUCCAGCCAAGGACGUUCAGGCCUACUAACCCUCCCCCCAGCAGACUGGAGUCCAGUUUACUGAAGUACACGCCUGUUCAGUACAGCCGCCUCCUGGAGUCCGGCUCCUCAUCUCAGAACGCUUUGUCCUCCUACAGCCACCGGCCCGAGGACCAACCGGUCCAGACCGGAAGAGACGAAGUGGACGCAGGUAGACCAUCGAGUCAACCGGAGUCCACUUCAUCCACGUCCUCGUCUCAGCCAACGCCAGGGCGGCGACGAGUUUAUACACCUUUCAUGAAACUCAUGGAAAUGACUGCUCAGAUAAACAUAGAGUGACGUCAACGUUUUAGAGUUUGGGCCGAUAAUGUUCGGAUCGAGACCCGAGUUUUACUCCUGGACGGCAACUAUGAAAAGAAACCCAUUACACUGGAACUGAGUUGGAUCA